GGUCUUGUUCUACGGUAGCUUUGGUAUUAUGGCCAUCUUCAGCUCCCGCGGCACAGGUCAGUUAGGCAAGGUCGCUGCUGGCCAGGCAUAGGGGACGAAUGAAGACCUCAAAAAGCGUGCUUGGUGGAUUACUGGCAUACAGCGAAUGGCGCACGAUACCAUAAUGUAGAAUACAAGACUUUACUGCGGCAGACCGACAUCCACUCGUGAGCCAAUCGGCGUGCAGCAGUUGCUUAGUGCAUCGCAGCGGAAUGACGCUGCCCUGCUCUUCCCGAGCUGCGGCCAAAUUCUUCCUCCUCCGAGAUCUCCGCCACGCGCAGAUCGCGACAUAUAACUUUCGUCGCCUCUUCUUCUCAGUCUAGUAGUUCUUCUGUACAACACUUAAUCAUGGGUUGGUUUUGGGCAGACACCGCGCCUUCGGCACCCGCCGCGCCUGUUGCGCCGCAUCCCAUGCCAGCAGGGGAUGUGAACCCUCCUCCACAAUGUCCCAUGCACAAGAAGGUCACGCCGCCUGUAAAGGUAGAACAAGCACAGAUUCCCAAAGGCGCCUGCCCCUACGUUCCUCCCGAGAAGACAUCAUCGACCCCCGAACCCAAGACCGGCCUUCUCGCAAAGUUGAAUCCGCUCAACAACAUGUUCUCCGAACUUGACAACGAAAAAGCUGCCACCCAAGCCCGCGACCUCCCCCUCUCCCGCGAAGCUUCCACAAUCCCCAAAGGCGACGGCUCGCUCUGGGAGUACCCCUCGCCACAGCAAAUGUACAACGCCAUGCUGCGCAAAGGCUACACUGACACAGACGUAACCGCUGUUGAAUCCAUGGUCUCUGUGCACAACUUCCUGAACGAGGGCGCCUGGGCCGAGAUCAUGGGGUGGGAGCGCCGAUUCGCGCGCGGUCUGAAGGAGGGCUACGAAAUCUGCAAGAAUGGCGAGCAGCUGGCGGACCUAAAGCUGGGCGUCGGUACUACAGAGGAGGGCAUCUUCGACACAACAACGUGGGACGUGAGAGAUGUGCCGCCCCCGAAACUCCUCCGCUUCACCGGCCGCCCGACCGAGCGCACGCCCAAGGCCACCAUCAUGCAGUGGCUGGGCUGGAUCAACCCUGAGAAAUACGGGACGGCCCCGCCGUUUGAUCGCCACGACUGGUUUAUCGAGAGAUGCAACGAGCAGGGCUGCAAGGAAAUUCGUUAUGUGAUUGAUUAUUACGAGGGCCAGGCGGUGUCAGACGACGAGCCCGUGUUCCACCUCGACAUUCGUCCUGCGAUCGAUGGCCCGACGAGCGCGGCUGAGAGGCUGAUUCGCUCUGGCACGGAUGUCUGGUGGCAGGCCAGCGGCGGCAGUGCACGGAUGCUGAGGAAGCUGCAGGAGGCGAAGAAGAAGAGAGAAGAGGAGGCGACUGCCAGUAGCAGGCAGUAUAACUGAGCCUCCACUCCAACGAGAGAUUGAAAGAGCAAGACUGUAUGACGGUGAAGAUCUAUAUGAGGCAUUGCGCGGCGUUUGGGCUUUUGUAUGAUUGGGAUGUACAAUAUGGCUCUCGUUGGUUUCUGACGCACGUUUACUCGGGCGCCCUUCUUUUCGCUGUAUUUCAU